AUGGUUAAUCCUCAGGGUUCUAUCCAUAACAAGACGCACAGCUUCUUUGGACACUGGAAAACUGUCUUCAAAGGGCGACAAAGAGACAAAGAUACACCUCUCGUUGCCCCGAAAUCAAGCACUUCAGUCGUCACCGCAGAUCCGGACAUUAAAGAUAGCCCUGCCAUUUCUAAAUAUGACAUUUCCCAACCCAGCGACAGCGACCAUAACACGAAGGGUUUUUGGCAGAUGGCGUAUGACGAUUUAAAGGAGAGCGACCCGAACAGUGUAGCAGCUCUCUUUUCACUGACCGGAGCCAAGCCUCAGGACGCUGGCGAUGCACGAACACGAGAGAUAUUAGACGAGGUAGUAGAGGCGGUAAAGGCACAGUACAGGGAGAAGGGGGAAAAGGAUGGCAUUCGGGCCACAGCCCAUAAAAUAUUAAACUCGGUGCUGUCUUUUCAAGACGUUGUUAGUAACAUUGCGAAAUUCGAUCCAACAGGGUACACUUCCAGUGCUUGGGCGAUAGUCUCUCUUGGAUUAACGAUGGCCAAGAAUCAUACAGACCGCAAGGGUGCUCUUUUUGACGCGUCGGAAUACCUGGCGGACUUGCUGACUCGUUGUGCCUUCAUCGAAGAACACUUUUAUGGGGAAAGAGAUCCGGCCAUGGUGAAUUUUGAAAAAGAACGAUCGAUUGUCCGGAUGUAUAUGGCAAUUUUGUGUUACUCCGCCGAAGUACGGAGAGUACAACAGUCCAACAAGGGAAAAGACAUUAUGGACAGUAUAACGGCUAUAACAAGUCAGCCACUUACGCAGCUCAUGGCCUCGAUUAAAGAAGAGGAGUCCCAUCUGCAUCAAUGGUUGGACCUGGACCAGCAUCUGCGCCGGGGAAAGGAAGCAGAGGCUAUUCUGAAUUACCUCGAUCAAUUGACCGUGGAUAUCCACAAACUGCGCGAUGCAGUUGAUAUGUUAAAUCUCCCUUUUGCCAAGGGCGCUUUUUUUGGCUCCUUUGAGGACCAGCAUGAGGAUGAAUGCCUUGCUGGAACGCGAACGGAGUUGCUUCGGCAGGUGCAGGACUGGAGUAGGUCCAGUGACAGAUGUAUAUUCUGGUUGAGCGGAAUGGCCGGUACUGGCAAGUCUACUAUUGCGAGGACGGUAGGCCGAUUAUUCAAAGAGGAUGGCAUACUCGGGGCAAGUUUCUUUUUCAAAAGGGGCGAGAGAGAUCGGGACUCAGCAGUAAAGUUCUUCCCAACAAUUAUGAAGCAAUUGGCAGUCCACAUCCCUCAAAUCGUCCCCGGAAUCCAAAGAGCUCUAGAAAACGAUCCUGCAAUUCCCGGAAGCUCGCUUCGAGAUCAGUUUACUAAGCUCAUGUUACAGCCAUUACUUGGUAUAUAUCAUGGUGAAGCCAUGAAUUCUACAGUGAUUGUCAUCGACGCCCUUGAUGAAUGCGAACCCGAGGAAGAUGUCGAAAUUAUCAUCAACCUUUUACCUAAGGUCGAGAAGGCAACAAAUAUGGCGAUCCGAUUCUUCUUAACUAGCCGGCCGGAGAUACCCAUCCGUUUGGGAUUUGAUCAGAUUGAUAAGAGCAAGUACCAGAAUACUAUCCUGCAAAACCUAGAUGAAGACGUGAUAAAACAUGACAUCGCCUUAUAUCUCAGAGGGGAAUUCUUGAAAAUACAGCAAAGGCGCCGGCAUGCUCUUCCCCCCGGCUGGCCUGGAGAGGAAAGAAUCGAAGCCUUAGCAAUGAUGGCUUGUCCGCUCUUUAUCUUUGCAGCUACAGUGUGUCGUUUCGUGGCGGACAGACGUUUUGACCCGGACGAGCGGCUUCAGGAGUUUUCCACCAGUUCUACAGGAUCAAAGAUGGAUGGCACUUACCGACCGGUUCUGAACCAACUCCUUGUCCAGGAUGCUACGGACAGGAAUAAUCUGAUUGAAAAGUAUCAGAAGAUCAUUGGUGUAAUCAUUCUUCUUGCUAAUCCGCUCUCAUUGAACUCUCUUGCGGAGCUGUUGCUUGACACACCAGAACACAAUAGCAGCAUUUAUCUGGAACGUCGCAUUCGUCUAGAACGUCAAAUCAGGGUUCAUCUGGAUUCAUUUCAUUCAGUCCUGUCUAUACCCAGCGAUCCAAAAUUACCUAUACGGACCCUGCAUUUGUCCUUCCAUGAUUAUCUGGUGGAUGAUCGUACGAAAGACCAAGAGGCUACGGCUCCAUUCUGGGUGGAUAGAAAGGCUAAGCAUGAGCUCAUAGCCAGCCAGUGUCUUACUGUUAUGGGCCGUUACCUCAAAAAAAACAUUUGCGAACUAUCAAGCUAUGGGACCAGCCGAACACAAAUACACCCGGAUCUCAUAGCAAGGUCUCUUCCGCCUGUCCUUCAGUACGCCUGUCGUUACUGGGUUUACCAUCUUAGUCAGAGCUCAACACCAGCCAUAAUCCUUGACCAAGUGCUCACAUUCCUCAAAGAACAUUUUCUUCAUUGGCUCGAAGCCAUGGGCAUUCUGGGAAUGAUAUCUGAAGCUAUAAUUGCAGUGAAUUCAUUGCUCCGACUGACCAACAGCGAUUUCUGUAAAGAGCUGCAUGUCUUUAUAUUAGAUGCACGCAGAUUUAUUCUUAAAUUUGCACAAAUUGUUGAUACGGCACCAUUGCAAGUGUACAGCUCUGGCCUGAUUUUCGCACCACAUAAAGCGUUGAUCAGAGAGACCUUUGAGGGAAAACUUCCUGCUUGGUUAUACAGAGGUCCAAAGGUAGAAGAGCAUUGGGAUCCAGAGAUGCAAACACUGGAGGGCCAUUCUGGCCCGGUUUACUCGGUUGCCUUCUCAGGCGACGACCAGCUGCUGCUGCUGGCAUCCGGCUCGUUUGACAGGACCAUCAAGCUGUGGGACACGGCCACGGGCGCUCUCAAGCAUACACUGGAGGGUCAUUCUGGCACAGUUUACUCAGUUGCCUUUUCAGGCGACGGCCAGCUGCUGGCAUCCGGCUUUUUUGACAAGUCUAUCAAGCUGUGGGAUACAGCCACAGGCGCUUUCAAGCAUACACUAGAAAGUCAUUCCGGUAUGGUUUACUCAGUUGCCUUCUCAGGUGACGGCCAGCUGCUGGCAUCCGGCUCAUAUGACAGGACUAUCAAGCUAUGGGAUACGGCCACGGGCGCUCUGAAGCAUAUACUAGAGGGCCAUUUUAGUAUAAUCUACUCAGUUGUCUUCUCAGGUGACAGCCAGCUACUAGCAUCCGGCUCAGAUGAUAGGACUAUUAAGCUGUGGGACACAGCCACGGGUGUUCUUAAACAUACGCUAAAAGGCCAUUCUAGUACAGUUUACUCAGUUGUCUUCUCAGGCGACGGCCAGUUGCUAGCAUCCGGCUCGGAUGACGACACUAUCAAGCUAUGGGAUACAGCCACGGGCGCUCUUAAGCAUACACUGGAGGGCCAUUCUAGCACAGUUUACUCAGUUAUCUUCUCAGGCGACGGCCAGCUGCUAGCAUCCGGCUCGGAUGACGACACUAUCAAGCUAUGGGAUGCGGCCACGGGCGCUCUUAAGCAUACACUGGAGGGCCAUUCUGAUACAGUUUGCUCGGUCGCCUUCUCAGGCGAUGGCCAGCUGCUGGCAUCCGGCUCGUACGAUGAUACUAUCAAGCUGUGGGAUGCGGCCACGGGUGCUCUCAAGCAUGACAUAAGCACUGACGAUGUUGCCACUGACGUUGGAUUUUCGGAGCACCUGCCACUAUUGAUUACUAAUAUAGGGUCUUUCGAUAUCCGAAACUACUAUGAAUGCUUCUCACCUUCAUCCGAGACAGUGGAGGAGUUAUCUCUGGCAGCAGGCCGGUGGGUUACUGUUCAGGGUCAAAAAGAGCUAUGGAUACCUCCAAACUAUCACCCUUGCUCGUCAACAGUUAGAAACAGUACUAUUGCACUCGGUAGCACGAGCGGCAGAGUUGCGAUAAUUGCGUUCUCAGUCAGGUGAGUAUCCUGCGGUAGACUGCAUUUCUACCUCUCUUAUAUCAAGAUCUCUUUUCAAAUGGAGGGUAAGGGAGACCGGGGCUUUAGAUAGCUAUCUGCAGAGUUAAUAGAGUAUACGCGAUGUUCCGGGCUCCUAUCAGUAGGUGGUGACCAAACACCAUACUUUUGGAAAGUGGCGCGAAGCAAGGUCCUAGUUGACAUGCACCAACUUCCCUGGUACUGAUGAUAUACGAAUCGGUAAAGCAGAAACGAAGCUUAUGGAACGAGCAACCGGUUGAUUAGAGUGGGUUGAAUUGGAGUAGUAAACAAC